GAAACGUGUUAUCCAUCGAGACGUGCGAGCAGAGAACAUUCUUAUGACGCAGGCGCUCUGCGCGAAGCUAGUGGAUUAUGGGGAUGCUGUUGGUCUCCCCUUGGUCUCUGACUGCAUAGGCAUGGGCGGAAGCCCUGCUUUCUGGCCGCCAGAAGGUGCUUCCGUUUCCGUGCUGGAUUAUAGGCGGGACCAUCUACUCCCUCGGAGCUACAGUCUAGAUGUAUGUGCAAAAUGA